AUGUCACAAUAUGAUCGAUGUUCGCCAAAUAGUGCGUGUGCCUGUUUCUAUAUAGCAGGUGCUAUUAAUAUUGGCAUUUGUAGUGAUGAAUUCAUCGAUUGCUCUGAGCUAGUCGCAUGUGAACGCUCAAACAAUCUUUGUCUCGAACCUGGCCAUAGAUGUGUUCACCAUCCUCGAUGUCAUAAUCUUCCUGUUUGUUAUCCGGUGCCGAGUUUCAAUCGACAACUCUGUCCGCCAAAAGCAAUGAUUCCCAAUAUUCCAGUCAAUGCCCGAUGGGCACAGGACGGAGUGACUGUUGCUGGUGGUCGUGGAAGAGGUAAUGCUACUUAUCAACUGGAUCAUCCGAAAGGUUUUCUCACUGAUGAUGAUCAAACAAUGCUCAUGGCUGAUUGGGACAAUCAUCGUAUCAUCCAAUGGAAGGUGGAUGAUACAAAAGGACAAGUGAUAGCUGGUGGCAAUGGCCAAGGAAAUCGAUUGGAUCAAUUGAGUUUUCCAACCGAUGUGUUGAUCGACAAUGAUACAGAUAGUCUCAUUAUCUGCGAUGAAUGGAAUAGACGACUCGUACAAUGGUCUCGUCGUAAUGGCACAACUCAAGGAAAAGUCCUCCUUGACCGCAUCUUUUGUCACGGGUUGGCUAUGGAUGAUCAGAAAUGUCUCUACAUUUCUGACACCCUCAAGCAUGCAGUGAUACGAUAUGAAAUAGGAGACAAGAAUGGAACUGUAGUAGCUGGUGGCCAUGGCAAAGGAGAUGGUCUCAAUCAAUUCUACCAACCAACAUAUCUCUUUGUCGACCGACAAAAAACUGUUUAUGUGUCAGAUAGUGAAAAUCAUCGUGUGAUGAAAUGGGAAAAAGGUGCGACAGAAGGAGUUGUUGUCGCCGGUGAUCAUGGUGAAGGGAACGCUCUAAGACAAUUGUCGUAUCCUCAAGGACUAUUUGUCGAUACUUUAGGUACCAUCUAUGUAGUCGAUGCAAGGAAUAAUCGAGUGAUGCGUUGGCCUGAAGGAGCAAGACAGGGCACUGUCAUUGCAGGCGGUAAUGGUAUAGGACAAGGAGCUAAUGAGUUGUGGGGUCCCGCGAGUUUGUCUUUCGAUCGACAUGGUAAUCUCUAUGUCUUCGAUAAUGGGAAUCAUCGAGUACAACGUUUUUCUAUCGAAGGCACUAAUUAG